AUGGAGAAGGUCGAUUGAAGGUCUCAGUAUAACGUUUUUAUUCUCCCCCGCUGUAUGCGAUUUUUAGUUGGGGGGGGGGGGGGGUGUAUUACUAAUAUACACUGAACCUACACAUUUCUCUAUGUGUUGAGGUGUAUUGUGUUAUUCUCUGUUCUCUUAAUUGAUGACUGAAUGACUGAAAUUGGCUUUGUGUUUUAGGUCUGUCUGUAUGUUGUGUUCAUCUAUUCUCCUCCUCAGUCUUUGUGUUGUGGUUCCUUCUAACCUGGUCUGUCUGUGUCUAGUGAGAGCUCCGCUAUUGUGGCUCAAUAAAUCUACUAUCUAUUAUCCUGUUUGGUCUUUAUAUACACCUGUUUUGUAAUCACACACCAGUCCAAUCUCUACCACCCACCCUUGAUCUUUCUCGCUCUAUAAAUUGCUUGUUUUCCUUUGUGUUACUCUCUCUCAAUGUCAGUACAUCUUCCUCUGUAUGUGCCAUGUCCUUGUACUCCUUUGUGUUUAAUCAUCCACCACUCCCCUACUCUUCCUUUCUUCUCCCCCUUUCUCCACCAUCUCCUCCUCUUUAACCUCUGAUCUCCCUCUGGCUAACCUUUGAACCCUCCCUCCUCUAGGUGAAUGGUAAGGAGCUGUCUCGUCUCUCUGGGGAUCCCACCCUGGAUGUGCAAGACCCCUUGCUGUCUCAUGUGUUAAGGAGGGGGGCCCGGCGGCGGGCGGGACAUGCAGGGCGACUAGCGGGGCUAGACGGGACAGUAGCAGUGACAGGGGGGAUGACUGACUGUGUGGACAGCGGCACUCAGACUGACAUCAGCUUCCAGCACAUGUUGACCCUGGGAAGGACCGCCCACAACCCAUGUGGAGCCCCGCCCCCUCACCCGCCCCCCUCUCCUCCGCUGCCACCCAUCCUGGAACCCUACCUGCUCAACGAGCUGUGAGUGAGAACAGAGAGAGAGAGGGGGAGAGAGAGGGAGAGAGAGAUAGGGAGAAAGAGGGACAGAGAGAGAGGGAGAGAGAGGGUCAGAGAGAAUUUGUGUGUGGAAGAGAAAAAGAGAGAGAGGUGGUGUGGGGGGGGGGGGGGGGGGGGGGUGGAAGAGUUUGAGAUUCAAUUUACCCAAGAUGUUUGAAUGCGCUGCAGUCUGUAUGUCUGACAAGAAAAAAAUUGGGACACAUGACAUUUUCUCUCAUAUGUUUUAUUCUCAGUCUCCUAGAGCCUGAAUAUUAUGACCCCAACAACUACUUUGACAUCACUCAGCAGGAGGGGGAUCUCAGACAGGAUGAGUUAGAAUACGAGGUAAGUCUCAAUCGUCUUGUCAAAUCAAAUUGUCUACCAUCUAAUUCAACAACAAUCCCAUUCUUCAUGCCCUCUCUAUCUCCAUUACCAGUGUUCAGGUGUUUAACUUGUCACUCAAAAUGCCACACAUUUCAAUAGGAGGUGGAGCUGUAUAAGUCUCGUCAGCAGGACAAGCUGGGGUUAACAGUGUGCUACCGGACAGACGAUGAGGAGGAUCUGGGGAUAUAUGUGGGCGAGGUGAGGAGGAUGGGAGUGAGGAUGAGGGUUAUCAUUGCUCUGUUUGCCAGCUAACCUAAUCCUCUCUCACUCCAGGUCAACCCCAAUAGUAUAGCUGCUAUGGAUGGCCGUAUCCGAGAGGGAGAUAGAAUAUUACAGGUAAGAGAACAUUAGGAUUGUUAAGAGAACAUUUCAGACAAAGUUCUAUAUUAUAGCAAGUCUAUGUAGAAAAAAGGGUCAAAGUACAUUUAUGAUGUGAUUCUGUAUCAGAUAAACGGGGUGGACAUCCAGAACAGAGAGGAGGCGGUGUCCAUUCUGACCAGGGAGGACAGUACCAACAUCUCCCUGCUCCUGGCCCGGCCCGAAAUAGAGGUGAGAACCUCUCCCAGAACAAAACACCCAGCAUCUGACAUACAGAUGUAGGAUCUUAAUUUGAUCACCCUGUUACAGGAUAAUUUCCUGCAAAGAAGGACAUUUAAAAAGGUUUAAAAAGGUUUCUGAAGUUUGUAAUUUCCACUUUGAAAUUUCAGACUUGAAUUUCCCUUACAAAAAAUGUAUCAACACCUACAAAAAUGUCAAUUAAUUAAAAUCCACAUUUCCUGUUGCUGCAGGAUUAUUUUCCUGCUGUAGCAAACUGGCUCAAAUUCCAUACAAGACAUCCAUAACCACACCAACUACAGUAUGUUACGUACACGUCUUUUUCACAACAAGAGCACCAUUUACAAUUUUCUUUCAAGUACAAUUCAACAUAGAUCACCAAAUUGAUCAACAUAGAAUCAAAGGCAGAUCAGAUUGGUACCUCUAUAACAAGGGGACAUUCAUGUAAAGGAAAUAAGACUGGAGUUCUGCAUCUCCCCCUACACUGUUUACCCAGGAAAGGUGAGAGGAGUAAAGAGGGAGACAGAUGAGAGGACCGAUAGGGGGAAAUGGAGCGGGGGCGGGACGGAUGGACAGCGAGCGUUAGGAGGAGGGCGAGGAGAGGGAGAGCCUGCUUGUUUUCAGUACGUGCCAAUGUGGCAUUGCUUUGUUUCCCUCAAGGUCACAGCUCGACAGACCUGAGGACACAGUCCCAGGACAUCCCAUAAUAUACACACCUCCAGAUGGGGCAGAAUAGUUUACCCUUUUUAUACUGAGAGUGGUGCAUUAGGCAUAGACACAAACACAACACACGAGUUUGUACAUGUUCUCUGAGACACACAGAAAUUGGAAUGCAGCCCACAUUCAGCUAGAGGGCAGAUUUAAGAGAGGGCCAUUCAAAUGUAGGUUGCUACCCAGACAGUCACGCACUGCACGUACCCUCAUCUUCUUUUACUCAUGUGGCGCCCUCCAAUCUGCAGAGAGAAAUGAGAUGCAGGGUAGGCUAAAACUGAGAUAGGAUGACAGGAUUCAUAUUGAUAAAGCAUUGUCUCACAUAGGGAGGUCAGAGGAGGGGGAAUCAUCAGAGGGAAAUAUAUGAGCAGAAAUUAAAGGGGCAGUGCAGUCAAAAACAUGAUUUCCUGUGUUUUAUAUAUAUUUCCACACUGAGGUUUGAAUAAUACUGUGUUUUAUAUAUAUUUCCACACUGAGGUUGGAAUAAUACUGUGUUUUAUAUAUAUUUCCACACUGAGGUUGGAAUAAUACUGUGACAUUGUGAAAAUGAUUAUCCUUUUAGUGUAAGCGCUGUUUGAAAAGGCCGCCUGAAAUUUCAGCUCGUUUGUACGGGUGGGUUUUUUGGACCGCCGACAUCAUCAGGUGGUAUAAGUUAAUAGACCAAUAACAAAGAGAGUUUGCCCUCCUCUCUGCCAAUAACAGCUAGUUUUCGGGUUAUAUAUUCCUCCCAUUAGGCCCCUCACUCAGGCCACUCCCAUACAGUCCCAGCAAAAUUCUUGCUUGAAAAAUUGCUUUUUUGCUAAGAAGCUAUUUUUGUUUCUUUUUGACUAUUUUAAUUGAAAACAAUCACAGUAAGGUAUUUAAUUGUUACCCAGAAAUGAUUUUAUAUUGAGAUAAAAGUGGCUGAAUUGGACCUUUAAGGGUUAUUUCACCUGUAUUGGGAAAAUAGAUGAAUAAAUAAAUACAUACAUAAAGGAGUUGUUAGAAUAAGAAUAAUCCAAAAGCCUGAAACUAAUUAAAUUAAAAGAAUUACAAUUAAAAUCAAUUAAAUGUGGUCAACUCCACUCUAAGGCGUGAAUUGUUUGCUGAAUUAAACCAGAAUAUUUACAUACACGUUUUAUCAAUAUAUCAGAGGAUCUGAAUAGAGGGAGCCUAUCAAAACAAGCCAUUUGUAAUUAUCCUACCUACACUAUUCACUAGUAGUAAAAACACACUGAACAGACUGGUAAUGUGUGUGUGUGCACGUGUGUGCAUGCGUAUAAUUGGGUGGGUGUGCAUGCAUGUGCAUAUAUUUACCUUUAGGCCCAAUUUACCUAUUCAUCCAGACAGCUCAGUGGAAAAUACCCCUAAGUACAAAAAUGCCUUUAAAAUGGUAAUGAACUCACACAUUAACUUGGCUCCUUCGCCAUCUAGUGACUGAGAUAAACAAUGACAGACAUACAGUGGGGGAAAAAAGUAUUUAGUCAGCCACCAAUUGUGCAAGUUCUCCCACUUAAAAAGAUGAGAGAGACCUGUAAUUUUCAUCAUAGGUACACGUCAACUAUGACAGACAAAUUGAGAAAAGAAAAUCCAGAAAAUCACAUUGUAGGAUUUUUAAUGAAUUUAUUUGCAAAUUAUGGUGGAAAAUAAGUAUUUGGUCACCUACAAACAAGCAAGAUUUCUGGCUCUCACAGACCUGUAACUUCUUCUUUAAGAGGCUCCUCUGUCCUCCACUCGUUACCUGUAUUAAUGGCACCUGUUUGAACUUGUUAUCAGUAUAAAAGACACCUGUCCACAACCUCAAACAGUCACACUCCAAACUCCACUAUGGCCAAGACCAAAGAGCUGUCAAAGGACACCAGAAACAAAAUUGUAGACCUGCACCAGGCUGGGAAGACUGAAUCUGCAAUAGGUAAGCAGCUUGGUUUGAAGAAAUCAACUGUGGGAGCAAUUAUUAGGAAAUGGAAGACAUACAAGACCACUGAUAAUCUCCCUCGAUCUGGGGCUCCACACAAGAUCUCAACCCGUGGGGUCAAAAUGAUCACAAGAACGGUGAGCAAAAAUCCCAGAACCACACGGGGGGACCUAGUGAAUGACCUGCAGAGAGCUGGGACCAAAGUAACAAAGCCUACCAUCAGUAACACACUACGCCGCCAGGGACUCAAAUCCUGCAGUGCCAGACGUGUCCCCCUGCUUAAGCCAGUACAUGUCCAGGCCCGUCUGAAGUUUGCUAGAGUGCAUUUGGAUGAUCCAGAAGAGGAUUGGGAGAAUGUCAUAUGGUCAGAUGAAACCAAAAUAUAACUUUUUGGUAAAAACUCAACUUGUCGUGUUUGGAGGACAAAGAAUGCUGAGUUGCAUCCAAAGAACACCAUACCUACUGUGAAGAAUGGGGGUGGAAACAUCAUGCUUUGGGGCUGUUUUUCUGCAAAGGGACCAGGACGACUGAUCCGUGUAAAGGAAAUAAUGAAUGGGGCCAUGUAUCGUGAGAUUUUGAGAGAAAACCUCCUUCCAUCAGCAAGGGCAUUGAAGAUGAAACGUGACUGGGUCUUUCAGCAUGACAAUGAUCCCAAACACACCGCCCGGGCAACGAAGGAGUGGCUUCGUAAGAAGCAUUUCAAGGUCCUGGAGUGGCCUAGCCAGUCUCCAGAUCUCAACCCCAUAGAAAAUCUUUGGAGGGAGUUGAAAGUCUGUGUUGCCCAGCGACAGCCCCAAAACAUCACUGCUCUAGAGGAGAUCUGCAUGGAGGAAUGGGCCAAAAUACCAGCAACAGUGUGUGAAAACCUUGUGAAGACUUACAGAAAACGUUUGACCUGUGUCAUUGCCAACAAAGGGUAUAUAACAAAGUAUUGAGAAACUUUUGUUAUUGACCAAAUACUUAUUUUCCACCAUAAUUUGCAAAUAAAUUCAUUAAAAAUCCUACAAUGUGAUUUUCUGGAGAAAAAAAAUCUCAUUUUGUCUGUCAUAGUUGACGUGUACCUAUGAUGAAAAUGACAGGCCUCUCUCAUCUUUUUAAGUGGGAGAACUUGCACAAUUGGUGGCUGACUAAAUACUUUUUUCCCCCACUGUACCUCUAACAUGUUGUAUGAGGUUCAAAAGAGUACAAUAAAAUAAACCUGCUUAAUUCUCAUAUGCUUCUUUUCCCACCUCAAUGACACCUUCAACUCAAUGCAACAACGGCCAUCAAACAACAUAAACACAUUAUGUGAAACACCUUCUACAACUCAGAAUGACAACCAGCUGGAUCCAGAUGAACUGGAGCUGGAGGUUCUGGACAAUGCCAUCCAUCUGCCAAUCCCCCAUCAGCUGAGGAACGGGGCCUCCGUGCUCGAUGCAGAACCAGGGGUCGUGAGUGGUGGUGGUGGUGGGGUGGGGGGCCGUGGGUGGGGUCACCGUGACUCUCCAAGCCUGCUCCACACGGUGCUGAGUAACAGCCAGGAGCUGGACAGCGGGGUGGGCCGUACGGACGAGAGUACCCGCAACGAGGAGUCCUCAGAACACGACCUGCUGGGAGACGACCAGACCAGCGCCCCCACCACCAACGCCACCAACACCCCCGGCAGCAUGCGCAGGUUCCACUCUGGCCGGGGGGACAGGGACACCCCACCCCUGCUCCAUGGUCACUCCACAGAGUUCCACUUCAGCACGGACUCUCUGCUGGGCCUGGACUGUCUGGGUGGGGGAGGAGGAGGAGGGGGGGGGGUUGACCUGGCAGGGGAGAGGGUCUACGCAGCUGACCCAGUGAUGAUGAUGCCUGGCCUGACGGAGGAAGAGUGUGAGCGGUACAGGGAGCUCCUGGAGAUCAAGUGCUACUACGAGAAAAACGGCAACGCUCUUCUGCUGCUGGGGGAGCAUGGGGGUCACGGGCAGGGGGGCGAUGGGGGGGUUCCUCUGGAUGUCAACAGGAAUGAGAGCCUGAUGCAGCAUGAGAUGGCCCUCCUGGAAGAGGAGCUACGCCACCUGGAGUUCAAGUGUCGUAACAUCCUGAGGGCCCAGAAGAUGCAGCAGCUCCGGGAGCGCUGUCUGAAGGCAUGGCCUCUGGAGGAGGAGGAGGAGGAGGAGAGCGGGGCAGGAGGUGGGGCCGGGGCUGGGCGGGUGGCUCUUCUGGUUAGCGAGGAGUCCCGUCACCAUGAGCUGUCAGACAUUAAUGAGCUCCCUGAGAGGGAGCGUUCCGACAAAGACAGCACCAGCGCCUACAACACAGGAGGGGAGAGCUGCAGGAGCACCCCUCUGGUCAGCGAACAGUACCCCUCCCCCUCUGCACAUGGCCGCAGCAGCCUGGAGGGGGGAGACUCUGCCUCUUUACAGUGUCGGACCCCCAGCCGGCACAGGGAGAGGGGAGGCAGGAGGGGAGAGAGGGGGCAGGCUAACCUCAACCAGCCUUACUCCCCUAACUCACACAGGAGGGGAGCGGAAGCAAAGACCUCCAGCCUGGGUGGGGCCAAGUUCAGAUCCCUAUCCCGCGAUGGGGCGGCCAGGAGGGGGUCGGACGGAGGCGCGGGACGCCCCAAAACCAAUGGGACAGUAGAGGGAAGGGGAGGAGGACGUAGCGCUGAGAACAGCCCUUAUCUGUCCCGCCGCCACUCUGGCUCCAGAAUCCCCCAGCGCUACCAGAGCUGCAUGCAGCUGAGGUCCCCCUGUACCUCCGAGGGCCUGGAGCGACCCAGGGAGGGCAGCGAGAGUCCCAUGAGCCUGGGGAGCACAUGCAAAGACAUCCACCAGGGCCCUGUGUCCAAGCCCUCCUUACCCAUCCCCCCUCCCCUCCCGCCACUGGCUUCGCCACGUAUGGAGUGGAAGGUCAAAGUACGCAGCGACGGCUCCCGCUAUGUUGCCAAGCGGCCCGUUAGGGACCGCCUCCUGAAGGCCCGGGCCAUGAAGAUCCGGGAAGAGCGCAGUGGCAUGACCACAGACGACGACGCCGUCAGCGAGAUGAAGAUGGGCCGCUAUUGGUCGAAGGAGGAAAGAAAGCAGCAGUUGCUGAGGGCCAGGGAGCAGCGCAGACGUAGGGAGUUUAUGAUGCAGAGCCGGUUGGACUUCCUGAGGGAGAGGGAGUCGAGUGGUGGUGGACAACACGGGGCUCCACAGGGACAGGAGCCCACUACCAUCCUGGAGCUGAGCCACAGUAGGAGCCAGAAGAAACGGAGCCGUAGGAUCCUGGACAACUGGAUCACCAUCCAGGAACUACUGGCGCACGGGACCAGGGCACCUGACGGGAAGAAGGUUUACAACCCUCUGCUGUCAGUCACCACUGUCUAA